AUGAAGAAGGUUUCCAUGAAAAAGGUCAAGUCCAAGGUUGCCAUGAGCAAGACACCAGCUCCAGCUGGCCUGGGCAACUUCAAGAUACGAAUCGGGAUCAUCCACGGCAAGGUUUUCGACCCGAUCAAGGUCGGCACCCAUGAUCGGAACUAUCCGGAGCACCUCAAAAUCAAGAACAACACGGGGCCCAACGCUGACGGCUGGGGCGGCCAGUUCAUGGCCGACGUGUCGACAGGUCUGAAGAUCAUGCGGCUGCAUCCUGAUAUCUUUCAUGUGGACUUCAUGACCAUGGAGCAGGUCACGGAGAAGCGCCUCUCCAGAAACCAUCUCACCUUCAAUUUCUGGGGUGACAUGAGCAUCGCCCUGAUGAACGAGAAGCCGAAGCUGGCGAAGAGGCUGCAAAAGAUUCAGAUGAACCCCAACUUCCGACAUCAUCCGGUGUGGGAUUACUACGAGUGGAUUCUUCACAAGUCGCGCUACAUGAAGGCUUGCGAGCGAGCAGGCAUCCCGAUGAUCGACACGAUUCACCUCGAAAAGGGUUUCAAUGCUAGAGAUGUCCUCAAGAAGAUUGUUGCGAAAGGAUGGGACAAGUUUUUCGUGAAGCCGGCCUACAUGAGCUUCUUUGGAGCUGGCGUCAUCAACGGAAAGACGCAAGACUUCAUAGACAACAUAGAGCCACUCCUCCAAUACGAGGCUGAGAACAAGCAUCAGAAGGAGUUUCUGGUGCAACCAUACAUGUUGAAGCCCAACGGGGAGGUUUUUGACGAGAUCCGAAACUUCUUCUGUGAUGGCGAGUGGGCCUAUUCCGUCUACACCGACGGAGUUGACUAUGAAGGCUUCUGGGAGCAGCCCGAGGGAAAGCUGAAGGAGGCUUGCAAGAAGCUGGCCAUCCAGACAAUGGAAGAGGUGAAGAAAGUUCACAAGUGGGAAGGUAAGCGUAUCAAUUCCUUGCUCAAUCGCAUCGACAUCGGCAUCAUUCCUGACAAGUCCAGGAAGCUUGGAUAUCGUAUCUUCGUGAAUGAGAUCGAGCCGCAAAUGACGACUUGGCUGGGUAGAUACUGCCCAUUUGUGAUCCAAGACAGGAUGGCUGAAGUCUGCGUCAAGCAGGCUCACGAGAUGUUGAAGAGAAGUUUGGCCGCGAAGAGGAAGAUGCCAUCUCCUCAGAAGGUUCGUCAGCUGCUUGACGUGCUGGAGCAACGCCUCAAGGAGUCCUGA